UAUAGAACUUCUUACAAUAAGCACAAACUUAGAUUGCGCUUUCACUUGCUGUGAUCAUGAGGCUCCUAGUCUUGUCCAUGGUGUUAAGCUUAUUGUGCAGAGAAGCAAAGCUAGUUUUGGGUGAUAUCGGCACGGCAACUUCUUAUCGUCCUCCUUAUAUACCUACAGGGUGCUUCGGAAACCAGCAAGACCAGUUCCCUCCAGGGAACCUGUUUGUGGCGGUGAGUGAAGGGUUAUGGGACAAUGGUGCCGCCUGUGGAAGGCGGUAUAGACUGAGGUGCCUGAGUGGCCAUAAAAAGCCUUGCAAGGGUGGUGCUACUGUGGACGUGAAGGUGGUGGAUCUUUGCCGAAGAUCACCUUGCCCUUCUACCAUAGCCAUGUCAACUGAUGCUUUUGCAGCCAUCUCACGUUCUCCUUCAACAAAAAUCAAUGUUGAAUAUAUCCAGAUAUGAAAUUAGCUGAACCAAAUACGAUGAUCUACUGCUAGAUGAAGAGUAUUAAUUAUCAAGGGGUCUAUGGUUGUUUGUUUUUGUAGUUCAGAUUGAACUGAACUAAACUGAAGUUUAGAAGGAUAUAUAGAAAUUAAUAUUGUAACCUCAGAAGUUAAUU